AUGACAGAAAAAGUAGAAUAUGCCUUCCUGAUAAUUUUUACUAUUGAAACAUUUUUGAAGAUUAUAGCAUAUGGAUUAUUAUUACACCCCAACGCAUAUGUUAGAAAUGGAUGGAAUUUACUGGAUUUUGUAAUAGUAAUAGUAGGAUUAUUUAGUGUAAUUUUGGAACAAUUAACCAAAGAAGCAGAAGGAGGUAGCCACUCAGGUGGCAAACCAGGUGGCUUUGAUGUCAAAGCCCUAAGAGCCUUUCGUGUAUUGCGACCUCUCCGGCUCGUAUCAGGAGUGCCCAGUUUACAAGUUGUCUUGAACUCCAUUAUAAAAGCCAUGGUCCCUCUGCUCCAUAUUGCCCUUUUGGUAUUAUUUGUAAUCAUAAUUUAUGCUAUCAUAGGAUUGGAACUUUUUAUUGGAAAAAUGCACAAAUCAUGUUUUCUUAUUGGUACAGAUAUAUUAGUUGAAGAAGAUCCAGCACCUUGUGCGUUCUCAGGGAAUGGACGUCAGUGUUCAACGAAUGGCACUGAAUGUAAAGGCAGCUGGGUUGGACCAAAUGGAGGCAUAACCAACUUUGAUAACUUUGCCUUUGCAAUGUUAACUGUGUUCCAGUGUAUAACCAUGGAAGGAUGGACUGAUGUGUUAUACUGGGUAAAUGAUGCAAUAGGAUGUGAAUGGCCAUGGAUCUAUUUUGUUAGUCUUAUCAUCCUUGGCUCAUUUUUCGUACUUAACCUGGUUCUUGGUGUACUUAGUGGAGAAUUUUCCAAGGAAAGAGAAAAAGCCAAGGCCCGUGGGGACUUUCAAAAGCUACGUGAAAAACAGCAGCUUGAAGAGGAUCUGAAAGGAUAUUUAGACUGGAUUACCCAGGCAGAAGACAUUGACCCUGAGAAUGAGGAGGGUGACGAAGAAGGCAAACGCAACAGGGUUACAUUGGCUGACUUAAUGGAAGAGAAGAAAAAAAGCAGAUUUAAGUGCUUUAAAGGUUCUUCUAAUAAACAUGCAAGUAUGCCUACUAGUGAAACUGAGUCUGUGAACACAGAGAAUGUCAGUGGAGAAGGAGAGAACCCCAUAUGCUGUGGAAAGCUGUGUCAAACUAUCUCAAAAUCCAAGUUCAGUCGACGCUGGCGUCGCUGGAACCGAUUCAAUCGAAGAAGAUGUAGAGCUGCAGUAAAAUCUGUCUCAUUUUAUUGGCUGGUUAUUGUCUUAGUCUUUCUAAACACAUUGACUAUCUCAUCAGAGCAUUACAAUCAACCUAACUGGUUGACCCAGAUCCAAGAUAUUGCCAACAAAGUUCUUCUGGCUUUAUUCACCUGUGAAAUGUUAGUAAAAAUGUACAGCUUGGGCCUACAGGCUUAUUUUGUAUCCCUCUUUAAUCGUUUUGAUUGCUUCGUUGUUUGUGGUGGCAUUGUUGAAACCAUAUUGGUGGAGUUGGAAAUUAUGUCACCUCUUGGAAUCUCAGUGUUUCGCUGUGUCCGUCUUCUACGUAUUUUUAAAGUAACAAGGCACUGGACAUCCCUGAGCAACUUGGUAGCAUCCUUGUUAAACUCAAUGAAGUCCAUUGCUUCACUGUUGCUUCUGCUUUUCCUCUUCAUCAUAAUCUUCUCAUUGCUUGGAAUGCAGCUGUUUGGAGGCAAAUUUAAUUUUGAUGAAACUCAAACAAAACGGAGCACCUUCGAUAAUUUUCCACAAGCUCUUUUAACUGUAUUCCAGAUUCUAACUGGUGAAGACUGGAAUGCUGUUAUGUAUGAUGGCAUUAUGGCUUAUGGUGGUCCAUCAUCAUCAGGCAUGAUAGUCUGCAUAUACUUCAUUAUCCUCUUCAUUUGUGGUAACUAUAUCUUGCUAAAUGUCUUCUUGGCCAUUGCUGUGGAUAACUUGGCAGAUGCUGAAAGUCUGAAUACAGCUCAGAAAGAAGAAGCAGAAGAAAAGGAGAGGAAAAAGAAUGCCAGAAAAGAGAGUCUGGAAAAUAAAAAAGGUGACAAAUCGGAAGGUGACCAGAAGAAGUCCAAGGAUAGUAAGGUAACGAUUGCUGAAUAUGGAGAAGGAGAAGAUGAAGAUAAAGAUCCUUAUCCACCUUGUGAUGUACCAGUAGGUGAAGAGGAGGAAGAGGAGGAAGAAGAACCAGAGGUACCAGCUGGCCCACGGCCCCGAAGAAUAUCGGAACUGAAUAUGAAAGAGAAGAUAACACCAAUUCCUGAAGGGAGUGCCUUUUUCAUAUUCAGCAGCACCAAUCCAAUUCGAGUAGGAUGCCACAGACUUAUCAACCACCAUAUUUUUACCAAUCUCAUCCUUGUCUUCAUCAUGCUGAGCAGCAUUUCUUUAGCAGCAGAAGACCCAAUUCGUAGUCAUUCUUUUAGGAAUAAUAUCCUAGGGUAUGCAGAUUAUGUCUUCACUAGUAUGUUUACAUUUGAGAUCAUUUUGAAGAUGACAACUUUUGGAGCAUUCCUUCAUAAAGGUUCUUUCUGUAGGAAUUACUUCAAUUUGCUGGACUUGCUGGUUGUGGGUGUUUCUCUGGUAUCAUUUGGGAUUCAGUCCAGCGCAAUCUCAGUUGUGAAGAUACUGAGAGUUUUAAGAGUCUUGAGACCCCUAAGGGCAAUAAACAGAGCAAAAGGACUGAAGCACGUUGUUCAAUGUGUCUUUGUUGCUAUUAGAACUAUUGGCAAUAUCAUGAUUGUUACAACCCUGCUGCAGUUCAUGUUCGCCUGUAUUGGUGUACAGCUAUUCAAGGGAAAAUUCUAUCGGUGUAGCGAUGAAGCAAAGCAGAAUCCAGAGGAGUGCCGGGGGAUAUACAUUGUUUAUAAAGAUGGAGAUGUUGACAAUCCAGUGGUUAGAGAAAGGGUUUGGCAAAAUAGUGAUUUCAACUUUGACAAUGUGCUGUCUGCCAUGAUGGCCCUUUUCACUGUUUCUACCUUUGAAGGCUGGCCAGCAUUACUAUACAAAGCCAUAGACUCAAAUGGGGAGAAUGUAGGCCCAAUAUACAACUACAGAGUGGAGAUUUCCAUCUUCUUUAUCAUAUAUAUCAUCAUCAUUGCCUUCUUUAUGAUGAACAUAUUUGUCGGUUUUGUCAUUGUUACCUUCCAAGAACAGGGAGAACAAGAGUACAAGAACUGUGAGCUGGAUAAAAAUCAGCGCCAGUGUGUAGAAUAUGCCUUGAAGGCACGUCCACUGCGUAGAUACAUUCCAAAAAAUCCUUAUCAGUACAAGUUCUGGUAUGUGGUGAACUCCACUGGGUUUGAAUACAUCAUGUUUGUCCUCAUCAUGCUGAACACACUUUGCUUGGCCAUGCAGCACUACGAACAGUCAAAGCUUUUUAAUGAUGCAAUGGAUAUUUUGAAUAUGGUUUUCACGGGAGUAUUCACCGUUGAAAUGGUUUUGAAAGUCAUUGCAUUCAAACCCAAGCACUAUUUCACUGAUGCAUGGAACACUUUUGAUGCCUUAAUUGUUGUUGGUAGCGUCGUUGAUAUUGCUAUAACAGAAGUUAAUAACUCUGAAGACAGCGCUAGAAUCUCCAUCACUUUUUUCCGUCUCUUCCGGGUGAUGCGACUGGUGAAGCUUCUCAGUAGGGGUGAAGGAAUCCGAACUUUAUUGUGGACAUUUAUUAAGUCAUUUCAGGCUCUGCCAUAUGUUGCUCUUCUGAUAGCUAUGCUGUUUUUCAUCUAUGCUGUAAUCGGAAUGCAGGUUUUUGGGAAAGUUGCCAUGAGAGACAAUAAUCAAAUUAACAGGAAUAACAAUUUCCAGACUUUCCCCCAGGCAGUGUUGCUGCUGUUCAGGUGUGCAACUGGGGAAGCAUGGCAGGAAAUUAUGCUGGCCUGUCUACCUGGAAAGCGCUGUGAUCCAGAAUCUGAUUAUAAUCCAGGGGAAGAAUACACAUGUGGAAGCAAUUUUGCCAUUAUUUAUUUCAUCAGUUUUUAUAUGCUCUGUGCAUUUUUGAUUAUCAACUUGUUUGUGGCAGUCAUCAUGGACAAUUUUGAUUAUUUAACACGUGACUGGUCUAUUCUGGGACCUCAUCAUUUGGAUGAAUUCAAAAGGAUAUGGUCUGAGUAUGAUCCUGAAGCAAAGGGCAGAAUAAAGCAUCUUGAUGUAGUUACAUUGUUGCGUCGUAUUCAGCCUCCACUUGGCUUUGGCAAGUUAUGUCCCCAUCGAGUGGCAUGCAAGAGGUUAGUAGCCAUGAACAUGCCACUAAACAGCGAUGGAACAGUCAUGUUCAAUGCUACAUUAUUUGCUUUGGUGAGGACAGCUCUGAAGAUCAAAACAGAAGGGAAUCUAGAGCAAGCAAAUGAAGAACUUAGAGCAGUUAUAAAGAAAAUCUGGAAGAAAACCAGCAUGAAGCUCCUUGACCAAGUUGUUCCUCCAGCUGGUGAUGAUGAGGUAACCGUGGGGAAGUUCUAUGCCACCUUCCUGAUACAGGACUACUUUAGGAAAUUCAAGAAACGCAAAGAACAAGGACUGGUGGGGAAAUAUCCUGCGAAGAACACCACGAUUGCCCUACAGGCGGGACUAAGAACACUUCAUGACAUUGGUCCUGAAAUUCGUCGAGCUAUAUCCUGUGACUUGCAAGAUGAUGAGCCAGAAGAAAAUAACCAAGAGGAAGAGGAAGAUGUCUAUAAAAGGAAUGGUGCCCUGUUUGGAAACCACAUAAACCAUGUAAGCUGUGAUAGAAGAGAUUCGUUUCAGCAGAUCAAUACCACACAUCGUCCCCUGCAUGUCCAGAGGCCUUCAAUUCCAUCUGCAAGUGAUGCUGAGAAAAACAUGUAUGCUCAUGCAGGAAAUUCUGUGUUCCACAAUCAUCAUAACCACAACUCAGUAGGAAAGCAAGUUCCAAAUUCAACAAAUGCCAAUCUCAAUAAUGCCAACAUGUCCAAAGUUACUAAUGGAAAGCACCCAAACAUUGGAAAUCAUGAGCACAGAUCUGAAAAUGGGUAUCACUCAUACUCGAGAGUUGAUCAUGAUAAACACAGAAGAUCAAGCAGCAAGAGAACACGCUAUUAUGAAACUUACAUUAGGUCAGAAUCUGGUGAUGGGCAUCUGCCCACUAUUUGCCGUGAAGAUCAUGAUGUUCGAGAUUAUUGCAAUGAUGAUCAUUAUUUUGGAGAGCCCGAAUAUUUUAGUGGAGAAGAGUAUUAUGAAGAAGACAGCAUGUUGUCAGGAAACAGGCAUACAUCGGACUAUAACUACAGAUAUCACUGUCAUGACUCUGAUUUUGAGCGACCAAAAGGUUACCAUCACCCGCAUGGGUUUUUUGAAGAAGAUGAUUCACAGAUCUGUUAUGAUGCAAAAAGAUCUCCUAGAAGACGGUUGCUACCUCCCACACCAACACCAAAUCGUCGAUCUUCCUUUAACUUCGAAUGCCUCCGCAGACAAAGUAGUCAAGAUGAUAUAACACUCUCUCCUACUUUCCACCACCGCACUGCUUUACCACUGCACUUAAUGCAACAACAGGUCAUGGCUGUUGCAGGUCUGGAUUCCAGUAAAGCACAUAAGCAUUCACCAAGUCGUUCAACACGUUCCUGGGCCACCCCACCAGCCACCCCUCCCAACAGGGACCGUACUCCAUAUUACACCCCGCUCAUCCAAGUUGACAGGGCUGAAUCUACAGAACACAUGAAUGGCAGCCUGCCUUCUUUGCAUAGGAGCUCCUGGUACACAGAUGAUCCCGAUAUCUCCUAUCGAACAUUCACACCAGCCAGUUUAACCAUACCUAAUGACUUUAGGCAUAAACAUAGUGACAAACAAAGAAGUGCAGACAGCUUGGUAGAAGCAGUACUUAUAUCUGAAGGCCUUGGGCGAUAUGCAAAGGACCCUAAAUUUGUUUCAGCAACGAAACACGAGAUCGCUGAUGCUUGUGACAUGACUAUUGAUGAGAUGGAAAGUGCAGCAAGUAACCUUCUCAAUGGAAACAUUAGCAAUGGGACCAAUGGGGAUAUGUUUCCCAUUUUAAGUAGGCAAGAUUAUGAACUUCAAGACUUUGGUCCGGGUUAUAGUGAUGAAGAACCGGACACUGGUAGAUAUGAAGAGGACUUAGCUGAUGAAAUGAUAUGCAUUACAACUUUAUAGCAUUUAGCAAGGAGAAAAUGAUUUCAAUAACAGAAAAAGUGCCUCAUAGUUCAAAGAUGCUAGGCACUAGUUGGAAGUAAUAAUGAAACUAGUUUUGUACAAGUGAUGUCACACCUCAAGGAAGCCAUAAUUUAUUUAUUAGUGUCUCUAGGUUGUUGAAAUGUGAUCAAAGCUUCAAUGUGUCAAGUCCUUUUCCACAGAAUCUUCAGUUCCUUUGCAGGAAUAGGGUUAUGUCAAACCAGAUUCUGACAAUCCCAUUUUCAGAGGGCUAGAGAAGGAUUUUGAGGUGUAAUAUCUUGCCUGUCUUUUAAUCUUGUGCUACUGUCCUUCAUAGUGAAGCAGAAGUUUGUCAAAGCAAUGUUAGUAAAAGUCCAGCACAAAAAUAUGUGGAGAAGAUGACCAUGUGAGACAGGUGAUGACAAUCAGAAGCGUCAUUACCUCUGCAUUCAAUAGCAUAUCAAAUAUUCACAGCAUAUCCAUUCUGAUUUUGUUUUCAAACUUGCCUCCUGGUUUUUUUUGUUUGUUUUUUUACCAUUAUCCUAAGAUACAAUGUGUCAUGCUCUACCUGUUAGAGAUCAUUAAAAAAAAGAAACCAGAAAACCUUUCUGUCAUAUGUAACACCAGUUUACAUAGGAAAAUAUCAUUCAGAUAGUCUGUUUUAUGACUAUCAUGUUAAGGGCAAAAUAUACUGGAAUAAUUGCAUUCUUACUAAUGCACUUGCAACCAGGUUAAAGUAGAAUUAGAUAAGAUAGUUUGUUUAAAAAUUAUAUAGUAGAAAUUAUUGUAAAUGAAUUGUAAUAUACAAUAAUUUGUAUUUGUAAAGAGAUGUUCUAUAUUUUGUAAUUAUUGUACCGUAAUUGAACUGCAGCAAUAUUUAUGGACCCUAAUUAUUGUAAUUCUCCACAGAAUUCUAGAUAUAAGUAUUUUUACUUGGAUUAUAUAGUUCUAUAGGAUAAAUAUUUAAAUAGAGCCACCUUCUCAAUGUAAAUCUCUUUUUUGGAUAUAAUGUCAAGUUUUAAAGGAAACUUGACAACACACAGAUUUUUUAAAAAAAAUAUUUUGAGUCGAUACAAAUCUCUCUUUACGUAAGGGAUGCACAGUUGACUAUUUGCAGUCUUAUACAUGAAAAGUUAAAAAUGAACUUAUUUUAAAAUUUUUGAUUGACAAUAAACUGUGAUUUUAUCUUUUAAUAACCCCACAAAAUAGAUCAUACUGAUUUUGAAAAUUGGUGAGACCAUACCAAGGUACUAUUAACCUUGUGACAAUUAUGAAUUUUAACAAAAAUGAUGAUUUUAACUAAGUUGCUUGCCUCAGUAUAUAGCAUUUGGUUUGGAAAUAACUUUGCAGCUGGAUUAAAAUCUUAUUGAAUCCCUUGUAUGUGUCACUUCUCAUAAUGAAAAAUCUAAUCAAGUGAUUCUACAGAAUCAAAAGAUUCCUGAGAAGCUAAAUAGUACUUUGUUGCCUCUACCCUUUCUGCUGGUCUACUUAAAGGAUUUAUUUUUAUGCAAUCAAAAGAGGGCUUAGAUAUUGUUCACAAUGCAGUAAAAACCCUGAUACAAAUUUUUGAAACUAGUACAGCCUGGAAAAAAAAUUUAAAAAUCUCAAAAUCUGUUUAUUUUCUUAACACUGGAUAAAAUUGACUUGUUGCUGACAAGUUGUCUUAUCAGGAUGUACCUGUACUUCACAAGAUAGGUAGCAAUUCAGUUCACAUUUUUAAAAUGUGAUGUUUAAAACCUGUCAAUAAACAUUUUGUACAUAAUGUCAAUUUCCUAUGGAUACCUUACAGACCUCCUCUGGAAUCAUUCUUAUUCAAAGGCCAGGAUAAUAACUUAAGAAUUUGUAAAUUAUUUCUUGACCUACAUCAUUUUGUAUUAAAGCAAAUGCAAAAUGUUCUUCAGAAUAAAACUGUGUAAUAAUUUUAUUAUACUUUGGACUCCUUUCCAUGAAUGGCAUUUCUAAAAGUUAAAUUCUUAGUGCAGUGUUUGGAGGGAAAGGACGUCCUUUCAUUUGGAAAAUAUGAUCCUUAGCCCAGAGUACUGACGUCCUUAACUUCCUUUAUAUGAGUGCUCUUCUGCAUAAAAAAAUUCCAGAUACUUAACACUGAACAGGAGAUUUGUGUAUAAUGGGACAUCAUUAACAAACCUGGAAAAAAUAUAUUUAAAAAAAACCUAUUCUGUAAUGAAUAAGACAUUUUUAACUAAAUCGUUCCCUACAGACUAUCAGUUUGAGUCUUGCAUAUAUGCCACUUUAGACUAGGAUUUGCCAAGUUGGUUGUUUAGCAUUAAUCACUACAAGUGUUUUCCUAGCUUACAAAAAACAGAACACUUUGAAAGUCUACAAAAUAAUAGUUCCAGCUCAGAUGAGAUUAGCAUAAAAGUGGCAGUGGAGAUUUUUCUAAAUUGGGAAGCAUAUCAUCGUGAAGCUGUAGAGACUUCAGUGGAUUAAUCCUCUAAAAAAGACCUCCUUUAAGGUCAGAAAAUAGACAUAAAAAUUACUUACUGCUUUUGAAAUAUUUCACUUAAAUCUCCUUGCUAUAGUGAUUCUUCAUAAGAGAUUCCAAAUUCUAUAGAUGCCAUAAGUUACAGUUCUAAAACUCAGGCCCCAGUCCUACAAUAGAAUAUCCCCAACUCUUACACUUGCAUAAAGACUAACUGACUUCCUUAGGACUUUAUGCACACAACUCACUUAAAAUAUAUCCCCUUAUUUAGAGCAGAUUCAUUUUUUUACAGGAAAAUACAGACUUUUAAAAAUUAUAGUUUAAAAAUGGGUUAUAAUGGUCAAUACUUCACUAUUACAACAAUAGAGCAGGGGUGGAAAUGUGUUAUAGAAUAAAGAUGCAUAGAACUUUCUACUUAGCAGUAUUACUGUAAGUCAGUACAAGUGUCUGUUUAAUGUCUACCCUUUAAAAUCUUGUGAUUUGCAUUCAGUAAUUCCUUUAAUUAUGGAAAAUAACAGCAAUAGAUUGCCCUAUUUAAGCACAUCUGCCACAUCUGUAGGUCACUCUAUGUAUACCUUUCCACACAUACUGACCUAUUAAUAAAGCAUCCAGUCAUUAAUAGCUGUUGGAACAGACAUGGUCAAAUACAAUUUUUCCUAAGGAUAAUAUCAUCCACAAUUUGCACAGUAUAUUUUGAGUCAAAAGACAAGAGACCCAUCAUUCCAAAAUUGCUUGGAUCAUCUAAGAUGUGCCUGGUUUUCAUCAACAAUAACUCUUCAUUUUAAAUGUAUUUUUGUAAUAAAGUUUGUAAAUGAAUUAAUUCUUCUGCAAGUUUAGGUUUUCUGUAAGUAAGUUUUACAACCUGACCCAUUUGAGUGACCUUUCAGAAACUCUGAAGACAAGAAAAAGGCAGUUUUACAAAUACUGGUAACUUCCUAUGUUUUUAAAAACAAUCUUUCACACUGAAACAAAUAUUAAAUGGGAAAAUCCAUACAAAAAGUAUACUUAAGGGCAAUCUUUGUUUUAUUCCAUUUUGCUAUUCCAAAUAUCUGUUGUUGAAUAAAUAUCUCCUCUAGCUUGAUCGUCAGGGACUUCAGUUCAUGUCUGAGAGAGAGCAGAGAAAAAUCUACUGCCAAGGAAAUGACAGGGAUCUCAUUAGCACAGACCAAGUAAAGGCUCCAGUAGAUAAAAACAAUGAGCAAACUCCUAUAUGGCACACAGAACCAGUAAGAUGCUGGCAUAGCAAGAAUAGUAAAAAUCCCAGCUCAAACAGCUGUUGUUAACUGUAUUAGUAUCCUGAAGACUCUUAGGAAGGUUUCUGCUGCUCACUUUAGGGAAAAGUGCAAACAGAUGGACUUCUAGUAUCAUUUGUAUUACAGCCUAAUGGGCGCGUGUACAUGUGUCGCUAGGGCAACAUUGUUACUGCACCCUGAUUUAGUACUUCCUAUACCAGGAAGCACAUCGUUAUGAUGACAUAGCUGCUGGUCAAGCACAGACGCCCACAGAUGCUACAGCAACAUAGCAUCAAUGAAAAGAAAAUUUUUAUACAAGAGUCUAAGAAGCUGGAUUUUCUGGACCCACCAGAAAAUGCUUGCUGUAACUCAAAGUGAGGUGAAGGUAAUUUUAAACAUGCUUCUGCAGCCUCCCACUCUUGGGGUGGUGGGCUCCAGCCUAGUCAUAUCAUAUCUGAGCAUCUUGCAUGAACUGCCAACAGCCCCCUGAGGAUGUCUCGAGAUAAGAACCACUUAAUCUGGAGCCCACAAAACUGGACAAGGGCUAGCACAGGAGCCACCACUGGCAGUUCUGCAGCACCUGAGGAUUUGGUUCAAUGGACAGAAUUCUCAAGGAACCGAUCCACUGCUGUACACCUGGUUUGAAUCACAGAAAUGACAUAACUCAGUCCUAGCCCUCUGGAGAUGAGGGCCUAAAUUAAUAAAAUAAUUGCAGCUUCACAACAAUUAGAGUAAGUAUGGCUAAGGGGAAAAAAGAAAGGAAA